UUGGGCUUCCAAACAAAGUAUUGGACUGCAGGUUUAUUUUUAUUUUUAUGUUUAUUUUUCUCUUAACCUCACCUAAUUCUUCCAAGAAUAUCUCUCACACAGGCUUUACCACAAAGGCCGGAUGUCUUUCAGCGAAGUGCCAUUCUGGGCAGUUUGGUUUUAAGUUGUCAGAAUUUAAAAGCUUUCGGUUUUAUAUCUUUUCUGAUGUUUAUCUCUAACAGGCCAUUCGCCGAGUCUGUAAAAAGAGAGCAUUCCACCUUAUCCUAUUCCAUUCCGCCUUUUCCACUCACCAGGCACUCUAAGGCUUUCCCGCCAAUCUUCAGAAGACUUGAGCGAGUCAGCGCCAGAGCGCUCCAUUGCAUCGCGGCUGCACCGUGGGAAGUGUUUGUGCUCCAAGGUCUGUCUACACAACACCAUAUAUAUAUUUCUCUGCAACAGAAUUUUUAAAAACAUCAUGGCAGAAAAUAAUAAAGAAUUCAUACUGAAGAUCUUUGAAGAGCUGAGAAACGAUGAAUGGAGAAAACUCAGAGAAAUACUGAAUGGAAAAGAAAUAGAAGACUGUAAAAUCCCCUUAAGUAAGGUAGAGAAUCUUAAUGCAGAGAAGGCAACAGCAUUAUUUAUGUCCUAUUUUUAAAAACCUCUAAUAGCACUUCAGUUUUAUCUGGAUGAAUUCCCAGAAAAGAUCUUACUCAAAAGAUCAGUGCUAAAAUUGAAACUGCAGACAUGAAGAAUAAAGGUGAAGCUCAAAAUAAUGAGAAGUUUACAUUAAUAAGAUCCUACCCAGUGAAUACUGACCGUCCGCCAUAUGCUGGUAAAUACACAAUUUUUGAUCUGCAAGAUUAUGCAACAAAGAAUCAAGACCAACUAAUAACGCACCUAGAAAAGAUCCUGAAACCUGAUCAAUUAGAGACACUGAAAAAAGAACUGAUGUGUAGUGUGCUGAAUAAGUUUUUUUCAUUUACGGCUCAGAAAUAUUAUGAACUGUUUAGAAAUGGUGAACUGAAAGAAUUUUUGAGAAAUGUUUCUAGUGGUAAGAAAUCAGAAAAAAUACCUAAGAAACUUCUUAACUUUAUGUUCUCUAAGAAAAGCAACAACCGUAAAAGAAAGGCCCAGGAACAAAUGCAGAGACAAGGCAAUAUUAAUUUGGAAAAAAAACCAUUGGUUAAUAUUGAUGAUGAUGAUGAUAAAAAUGAUGAUAAUGAACCAGAUAAAGUUACGCGUGGAACUGAAAAUGAAAAAAUAAUCCAGAUUCACCCAAUUGAACAUAAACCUGGUAAUGAAGAUAGUAAUGUGACAGAAGAACAUUGGCUGGAUGAAGAUUCAAGAGAUCAAGUCAUUAAGAAGUGGUAUGGGAAAAAAAAAAUUACAGGGAAGGAAUCUCUUUAAACUACAUUUGCAUUCAUAAGCAUAAAGCAUACUCCUGCUUCAUAGCUCAGGAUGUAUUACAGUUCAAAUUUCCAGAUGACCCAGAUUAUUCUAUUCUAGCAAUUCUGCAGGAUAAGAAAGAUUUUACUCAUUCAGGAAAUCUGAAAAAGGACGUGGAAUUUACAUUGCAAUUUAACAUGGCUGUUCUAAAUGUUAAAUUUUCUGAAGUUAUAUCCUCUAAUGGAGUUUUUGAUCGGAUACAAGCUAAUGGUUCCUUUGCUGAAUCUGAAAUUUUUUUAAAAGAUAUUGUGUUUGAAAUUGUGUUGCCUGUUCUAGCACUGUAUAAGUGGGUGCACUUAAAGGCUUUCAAGAAUGCUGUAUAUCCUAAUACAUAGAAGCAAAUCUUCUUUCAGUGAGAAGAAGUUGCAAGUGCACCUUCAGUAUUCCACUGAAAAUGUCCAUUCAUUGCUUGAUUAAAUGGCAAAUAAUAACUUUUGAUUGGAUGCUUGACUAAGGAAUUCAAAGGUUUUUUUUGUCCCCCCUUUCCCAUUUUUUUAGGUUCAAAAAGCAGCAGCCAUUUUGAUUCCUUUCUGAUAAAAUAGGAAGUUCUGAUCUCAUUAUGGACUACAAUUCUUUUUUUAUAUAAUAUUCCAAAAACAGAUUUGUGAAGAAAAAAAUCAGUCACCUCAUUCAAGAUUUUUGUGUAAACAAAUAGGCAGUCAAGAUAGCAUUUCCUUUAUGUAUAGAAAGGAAAUGACUGUUGGGAAGUAAAGUGCUUAUAAACCAAUAUGAAAUUUGUACUAUUAAUUCUUACAGAUUCAAAGUUUAUUUUUCAAAAAAAUAUGUAUAUAUAUUCUGAAAUAUCACAUUUUUCAUUACAAAACCUUCCUUCUUCUGAAUUAUCACAUAUUCUGUCAACAUAUUCUAAAUAAUAAAAUAUUUCAUUAAAAAGGGAAACAUUGCUGUGGAAGAAACUGAUAAUCUUUUAUACCAGUGGUGGUGAACCUAGGGCACGUGUGCCAGAGGCGGCACUCAGAGCCUCUCUGUGGGCACGCGUGCCAUGCCCUGGAGAUGGCAACCGUCUUCAACCAGCCACCCGCUAACUCACUGAGGUCCCAUAGGGCUGGAUGCAUUCCAGCAUGGCCGCUUUCCCUCCCCCCACCCGUCCCAUCCCUCCUGGCCUCGCAUGCAUUCCUUUUCCUGGGCCUGACCCACUGCAUCACCUCCUCAGCUGUCGGCUGGCUGUCCAGCUCAGAGGCAGCUUCUCUGAACUGGCGGCGGGCUGCGGAGCCCCAAAGUGUGCCGGCUAGCUGUGGGUGCUGAUGGACACUGUCGGCCCCCAUGCGCUUGCUGGCCUCUUGUGGGGGCCGAUGGUGUCAGGCAGCAGCCACCCUGGCCCCUGCCUCGCCUUGCCCUGUGAAAAUGGCAUCCCCGCCUUG